CUCCUCCCAGUGGUACGUGUAACGUUCCAGUGUCUGAACGGAGGCAGUUGUUUCCUCAACGCCAGGAAGCAGCCCAAGUGUCGCUGCCAGCCCAACUUCGGAGGAGACAAGUGUGAGGUGGACCAGUGCAGGGACUACUGUCAGAAUGGAGGCACCUGCACAGCCUCUCCUACAGGCUCCCCAACGUGUCGCUGUCUGACAGGGUUCACUGGUCCCAACUGUAACCUCCAAACCUGUAAGAACUACUGUCAGAACGGAGGGAACUGCACGGUCAGCGCUGGCAACCAGCCCACCUGCCACUGCCCUGCUGACUUCCUGGGGGACCAGUGCCAGUACCGUAGCUGCGAGGGCCACUGUCUGAACAGGGGCACAUGUCUGCAAAGUGCCAGCGGGGCGCGCCAGUGUCGCUGUCUGCCCCAGUACAGCGGCAGCACCUGUGAGGUGGACAAGUGCCACUACUGCCGCGACGGCAAGUGUAUCCCCACCAACUCCUUCCAGCCCACAGGAGAGGUCACCUGCAUCUGCACCAACGGCAGAGUCCAGUCCAGCUGCUACACAUGUGAUGAGUACUGUGCUAAUGGACAAUGCUCUGUCAACCCACAAACACACCUUCCAGAGUGCAAGUGUUCUGCAGGCUGGGUUGGGCAUCGCUGUGAGGUGGUGGCCUCUAGUGUAGACUCAUCAGAGUCUGGCGGACGUACUGCCUCCAUAGUGAUCCCAAUGCUGCUACUGCUGUUGUUGGUUCUGUUGGUGGGAGGAGCUGUGUUCUGGUACAGAAAGAGGAUGAGGGGGUCUGGCAGGCCGGGCAAAUCCUGCUCCAGACUCUCGCGGGCCAAGGGCUUCCAGCACCAGAGGAUGACCAAUGGAGCCAUGAACGUGGAGAUAGGAAACCCAGCAUACAAGAUCUACGAGGGCGAGCCAGACGACGAUGCCGGGGAGCUCCUAGACUCAGACUUCACACUGGACCCAGACAAGCCCACCAACUUCACAAACCCAGUGUACGCCACCCUGUACAUGGGAGCCCACAAUAGCCGCAACUCCCUGGCCAGCACGGAUGAGAAGAAGGAGCUUCUGUCGCGGGGGGAUGAGGAGCCCCUGGUGGACCCGCUGGCAUAGACUGUCCAUUAGCCUGGGGCGUACCAUUCCAAACACACCCCUCUUUUUGCCUUUUAAAGAAAAAAUUGAAAUUAAAAAAAGCAAAAAAAAAGCGUGAACACUGUAUAAAAUGUACAAAAAUGAAGGACUACUUUUGUAUGUGA